ACCAAUCAGAAGCCAAUAUGCUGUUAUGAUUUUCAACCAAUCAGCUCUUAAGACUACGUUCAAACUUUAACCGCCAUGAUAGUUUGACUUCCUGGCUGAUCGCUCUGUCUGUUGUAAAUAAGAAAAAGAAAACACUUAGACACGGAAACAUGGAGUCCAAAUUCUCCCACUUUCGCCAACGGGACAGCAGCGUGUCCAUGAUGAGGGUGAAAAUGGCCCGUAGAAUGUCUCAGUCACAGAAGGAGAACAGAGGCAAGGUUGUAGAUGCACGAAGGCAGCUGGACAAGCUCCAGGAGCUGGAAGUGUCCUGUCUGGAUUCCUCCAUAGCUGUGACCAACACGUCGACCAUAAAGGCCAUAACAAACCAUGCUAAAAACAAAGCUGGAGAAGAGAGGCUGAAACUGCUUGCACGCUGGAAAGAGAGAAAAGCCCUGCAGAAAGAGAAGGAAAAGCAAGAGAAGGAGCGAAAAGGAGUGUUUAAGACUGGCCUGUAUCAUCAUAAAGACUUGUCUCUUUUUGCUUUACCUCCUCUACCUGCAUGCAAAGCAAAGGAGACAAACAACGCUUCAUCACAGAGCACCAGGGUCACUCGCUCUAUGAAACAACAACAGCAGCAAUUGCAGAAGCCUCUGAAGACACACAAUCCAAAUACAAUGGCAAAGAAAGAGAGACCAACCAGGGCAGCUCCUGUCAAAGCGGCUCCGACUAAAGCGAAGACGGACAUCUGUGCAGUGGUGCCUACAGUCCGAGGGCAGUCCACACUGUCAGGCAACAGACCUGUUACAGUCGUCCCUGUUGGGAAAAACGAGCCCAGUGCAGACCAAAGAAUCACAAGGAGCAGAGCCAUUAUCAACUCUUUGGCGCCCUCCUCUGGAAAGGGAAGGAACUGCAAAGCUGAUAGCAAGCUUAGCAUCCAUUCUGCUACAUCCCAGUCAAAGGAUCUUCAUUAUCUGGAGCCAGAAGAGUCUCAACCCCUCAAGUCGACUACCUGUCCUGAGGAGAAGAAUAUGGUGGUGGACAAAGAACCAGCUGAGGAGCCCUCCUCUUUGUCCUCCUUCGCUCCGAAGGACUUUGUCUUCCAGGCUCCUGCUGGCUUGUCAGCCUUCAAAUUAGAGCCUCUCACUCCUCGCUCGGCCGAUGCCUUUCUCACCCCGAGCUCCAGCUUCAAUCACCCACCCGCCCUCGGAAUCAGUGAUGCACCUCAAGCUGAGCCGAGCGGAUGCUCGCCACCCAAAUCCCCUUGCCGCUCUCCUCCUCGUCCCAGGGUGGCUUCUCCAGCCCCAAGUAGCCCCCUGGAAUCCAAGCAUGAUGUGCUGUACUUCAGGUCGGAGAUUUCCGGUGAGACCAACAGAUUGACAUCUCUUUGUGCUCUGUGGGAGCCCAAAGUAGAAGAUGAGUCCAUCCCUGAAGAAAUGAGAGACCGCAUGCGUACAGCCGUCGGCCAGGCUAGGCUGCUCAUGAAGGAGCGCUUCAACCAGUUCAGCGGCCUGGUGGAUGACUGCGAGCUACGCCGAGGGGAGAAGAUCACCACCUGCAGCGACCUGCAGGGUUUCUGGGAUAUGGUUUACUUCCAGGUAGAAGAUGUAAACAGGAAGUUUGAUGCACUGUGUGAAUUGGAGGCCAGAGGGUGGGUGGAGGAGCACAAGCCGCCUCCGCCACGCCAGAGGAAAGCAGUCAAGAAACCAGUAGCAGCACCCGCCAAGCCCGCAGGAACCAAAGCCAUGGCAACGUCUCGCCUGGCUGCAGUCAAAGCGGCCAUGAGAGCUAAAAAGCAGGCACACGAAGCGGCAAAGGCUUCCGGUGACGCUCAGGAAGACACGGCCCCUCCCGAGGGGGCACAAAGCCAGGCCGCAGCGCAACAAACUGACACGGUGGUCUUUGAUGGAGGCUUCUUCAGUGUGGAGAGCCCAGCCAAGGCAUCCAGCUGUCUGAGAAGAUCCAGCCGCCUGAGUGCCGCCGCGCCCCCACAGGCCUCUCCCUGCACCAGCAUCCUUACCCCCAGAAGACUCACUCGACGCUCCAUUGCUUUGGCACAAACUCCUGGAGGUACUCCGGUUCACGCCAAGGAAAGCUCCAGAUGUACUCCAAGGCCGCAGCACGACACCCCUCAGUCUUGUCCAAGAGGACCGGCUUCUGUCGAGAAGUCUCUUUCUUUCUCCCCUUCGGGGCACCCCCAGUUGAAGACUGAAAUUGUCUCAAUGCAAGAAUCGGCCAUGUGUGCACUUCCUGCUAUUUCCAUCCAGAAAGAUGAAGACGAAGCAGCCGAACACGUUAAUACAGCCUUGAGCUUCAUGCUGACGCCCGGCAGCACCCCUUUCCAGCAGCACCCGCCCUCCCCCACUGUGAGCGGGUCUCCUCCCGCUGUGCAAAGUUCAAAGGCGACUCCGAGGUCCAUGUGCACCACGCCUGAUAUUGUGGAAAUUGCAGGCUUGGACUUUGAGCGCUACAUCCAGCCUUCACAGAGAUGCAGCCUGUCACCAGAGCGCCCGGUUUCCAUGGAGACUCUGUCGCCAAUGACAGUUGAUGUGAAGAUGGAGAGUCCCGCAGGUCCAUCUGAACACUUGACUCAGCAGGAAGAAGCACCGCCCACGCAGUCUUCACCUUUAAGCCCACAGAUGACACAGGCCCAGGCAGCAGCGUCGUCCCUGCUUCUCUUCACCCCGAACCCCAAGGACCGCAUACGCCCGUCUGUCUGUCCGAGUGACCUCAUGUACUUCACUCCUCCUCUUUAAUUUUUAAUCACUGCUUAUUAUUUUUAAAGGGAUACAUAUUUGAUGUAGGCAUUUUUUUUUUUUUACAAAAAAAUGUACAGUUUGGCUAGCUGUAUUUUGUAAUUAAAGAUUUCAGUAGGAUUAAAGACCUUGUCUGGUCAUUAUAAGCCUGGGACAAAAAUACAUUUUUUUUUUAUCUGAUGAGCAAAAAGAUCUGGAACAUACGAGGACGCACCUAUACUCAAGCAGGGAUGG